CAAGAAACUUUUUUAUCUGAUAUAGGAGUACCUGUACUACCAGUGCCACCUAAAAAAUUACCAUCAAAGGAUUUGGGUGAGAAGAGAAUGGCAGAAUGUCCUAGGUCACAACCUUAUAUGACUGUCAACAAUGAUAAUAUAUCUCAAUUAAAAGAUGGAAGCAGUUUAUCAUCAAGGGACAGGUCAAGAUCUCCAUUAUCAGAGGUAGCCUCUUCACAGAGGAUUUCCGACAGUCAUUUAAAAAGUAAGCCUAAAGAUUCUAGGGAAAGUCAUAGGCAAUUCAAAACAAAAUCCCAUGAUAGACCUGCUUCCUAUACCUCUAGCCAAAUUUCAGUUACUGAAAUAGUCCAGGCUAGUGAAAGGUCAGCAAUAAGGACAAAGGACAGUUACUAUAAUGAUAGACCUUUAUCAAGGUCUGAGUGGGAUUACUCAUCCUCUCAAUGGCCUCAGUCCUCAUCAUUAAGUAGGUCAAGGUCAAAAUAUCCUUAUGACAGGCAUUUAAAUAAGUCUUCAUUACAGCAUAAUGAAACCCGCCGGAGGGAUAGAAGUAGGUCGAAAUCACAAGUGAGACACUCUGAUAGGUCUUUGUCAAGGGAAAGUCGAAGGUCAUGGUCUUUUUCAUCACAAAAUAGCAUGUCACAAAGGUCUAUAUCUCGGCAUUCAAGAGAUAGUCGUAGGUCAAUGUCACAUAGGUCAUCUGACAGUGAACAUAGAGGGUCAGGGUCACAUAGAAACAUUAAUAGGAUAAGGUCACAUUCUUCAAGGUACAGAAGCCCCGAAAGGUCAUCGGAAAGAAGACGAAGGUCACCCUAUAGCCCUAUCAUUAGCACUCCAAGGUCAUACGAAACAUUUAGUUCAGAAAUUAUGGCCCGUGAUAGUCAUAGGGAUGUGCCUAGGACAAGUAGCCAGGGACAAAGUCCAGACAUGGGUCGACUAGAGAUGGACAGACAAGAGCUAGACAUUCAACUGAAAGACAUGAUGGAGAUACAUGUUAAAGAGAGGUGUUCCCAAUAACAGAAGCUAAAUUUCAAAAGAAAGUCCUUCAUUUACUAGUCGAAAUAAGAAAUAGCCUGAAGGACAUCAAAGGCAGUGGCCAUGAACAGAAUGAAUGUGGUGAUUUUAAUGUUAAAAAAUGUGACGAUUUGGAUGACUUCAAACAACUUGAAGAGCGAAUAAAAAGUCCAGAGGAAAGAAGGCGCUUGAUUCAGAAACUGUCAAUGGUUGGUGGUGUCAGUGUUAAAGACACUGUUAAAAGGAUACUGGAAAAGUAAGAUUACAUUAUUGAUGAUUAUUUUAUGAAAAGAUGUUGCUAAAACUUAUAAUAAUAAUUCAACAUUGAACUGUACACUUUGGGAAUAUAUUAGGACAAGUACACAGCUGGUGAAACAAUAUUAGAUGAGUCUCCAGGUGAGUCUAAUAUGAUUUAGCUAUGUUCCAGUCCGAAUAUAUUCCCAUAUUGUAUCUGUUCAAAAUCUAAAAGUGUGUUUAUUCUAUAUGUCGAAUUAUGCUCAGGAAACACAAAAUAUCACCUUAAUAAUAUAUACUGAACUGCCAGUAAAGGAUAAUCAAUUGGACACCACAACGUCCAAAAAGAUUAUAUAUUGGACGAUCACGUGGUAUAAUUUAAAAGCAGUGGUUGGCUGAUAAAUUAAUCAAUAUAGAAU